AGAAUUUACGAGGACACUCCAAAAAAGUUCACAAGCCGAGAACAAAUUACUUGUCAGCUGACUAUCGACUUUCCCAUCGAAUCAUCAACGAGUGGAAUUCACUACCUCAGCACGUGGUUGAGGCUCCAUCCGUCGACUCUUUCAAAAGAAAGUUGGAUCAACUGAGAGACCACCAUUGCCAGGACUAACAUAGGCCAUUGAGCCUCCUGUCCUUCCCAAACUGAAACUGAAACUGAAAACUGGAGUGUCGAAUGUUGUCAAGGUCAAGGGUAACUAGCGCAAACGACUUAGGUACACACCAUAGACUAGCUUAUGCAACCGUGUCUCUAAUAUACGUUUCUCUACUUUUCCAUAAUAUAUUUCCUUAGUAUGGUCAUGUUUGUUCUAUACAGACAUCAAUAUAGCCGUAGGUCUUGGGUAUUACAAAAGAGUAAUCUGUAUUAGGUUACUAACCGUGAGGUAUAAAUUCUAUGUUAGCUUGGGGGUUGCACCAUUCCCUACCCACUCGAAUGAACUCUGGUCAUCUACAUGUAUUCCAAUUCGUGGUCUGUUAGUGACAACGUAAAGCAAUCGGUACUGGCAACUAUAAGUCUUAGUAUUUAUUCGUUUAUAAAAAAACGGGUAAACUCGAACUUUUAUGACCGUUGAACUUUGACAAUAAAAUUCCAUGGUUAGAAUAUAAUUCCCAAGUGCCCUGGUACGGCCGAUGCUGGGUAGUCUUCUCCCUCUCUAAAUGCUCUCACAUGACCACGUGUAUACAGCCACUGCCAGGGAAAUUCUACUCACUACUUCUCGCGGUGAGAGUGUUGUUUACGAAAUUAAAAGGUCGAAAAGCGGAUCUCAAGUGCUUUAACCAGGUUAGUGGACAUGGAGGAUCCACCAAGAGGAGAUGGAAAACCUUGAUUCCAAACCAGUAGUGCACAUAGGCCCCAGGAUCCUGAGGGAACAAAUGGUGUUUGAACCUAUUGUUGGUGAUCGGCUACCAUAAGACUGCAUCUCCUAACGUCGUUCUAGUGCCUUGCGGAUUGAACCUCUAGGUGAAAGGCUCAAGGAGUAGCCUAAGAAAACCACCUGCUUCGAUUUGGGCACCUGGGCAGUAUCCUAACCCUCACAGCAAUCGGAUGAUAAAGUGUGGUGCAUAUAUAUUUGGUUCCCCUUGCACUAAUAUUCUUCCGUUUAAACAAAUCAAUAAUCACUAUAAAAAUGGUAAAUUGUCCGAUAAUUUCUUGCGAAAACCCUAACUUCUCUCUUUGUUUUCUCUCGAUUUUUCAGCUCUAUUUGUGCACUUUCUUUCUGGAAUAAUGAAAACUACAUUUUUCUCUGACCACAUUUACAUUUUAAAAUGUUUAAUUCGUUUAUACAUGCCAGAGAUAAUGAUGAUUAACCUAAGCAGAAAUUUAUCAUCACCCCAAUCUAUUUAUCAAUGUAUUGAUUGGUUUUUAUAUUUUAUAUCAAACAUUUACACAAUUUUUAUAUUAGGACCAAUUUUAAAUUGUUUCUCGUUAUACCUUGGUGGUCGGAAAAAUUUCGGCCGAACUCUAGUCGCAUUAGUAUUAACUUAUUUAUGCUUGAUUCUAUGUUUAUUGUAUACAGUUUUGAUACCACGUCGUCUUUUCAUUUUGAAUUCAUGUUAUUUAUAUAGUGGAUAUAAUUCGAUCAAGUGUAGUUUACGUACUGAGGGUACAUGGUUUUCGUUACAUUUUACAUUAAGUCAUCUAAUCAUCGUCAAUAUUUAUUUCCAUUAUUUAUCUGCUGUUUUCAUUAAUCCCGGCAAUGUACCACGAAUUCCAUAUAAUACUACUAGUACUAUGUGUUCACGAUGUUUUGUAUCACGUCCAAUAAGAGCACAUCAUUGUGCUAUAUGUAAAACAUGUAUAUUAUGUAUGGAUCAUCAUUGUCCAUGGACAGCUAAUUGUAUUGGUUUGUAUACACAUCGCCAUUUUUAUUUAGUAUUGAUAUUUAUGAGUAUUGGUGGGAUAUAUUUGCUAACUGUUGGUUGGUCAGACUUUCGAAGCUACUUAGUGGAAAUUAAUGAAAAUCAAAUCAAUACCACUGUAAAGUAUUCAUCGAUUUGGUUCAACUAUAACACAUAUUUACCAUCGAAUAAAUUCUUCAUUCCAUUGUUCAAAGGAUGUUUCAUUUUCAGUGUAAUUGCAGUUCCUUUAGUAAUUGCUCUAUGCACUUGGCAUACAUAUUUAAUUAGUAAUGGUGAGACAAGUAUUGAACGACAUAUUAAUGCAAAAUUCACUAAAAUAUUAAAACAACGUGGAGUGAUUUAUCGUAAUCCGCAUGAUUUUGGUAUAUUUUUAAAUUGGAUAAAAUUUCUAUGCCUUAUUGAUAAGCAUGAAAUGGCUAAUUAUCAUGUCAAGAAAAAAUCAUUUCGUUUAUAUUUUGUACUUUGUAAAAGGUUUUUUAAUCGUAUUCUAUUACCUUCCUAUCAUAAACCUUAUGAUGAUGGUUUUAACUAUGAAUUAAGUUUGAAUACUGCUAAGUCAGUUUUAGAAUCUUUAUCAGAGUCUGGAAUGUUUUAA